AGAAUAAAUGACGCAACAAGAGUUUGGUUUAAGAUAUUAAGCUGAUACAAAAAUAUAUUAAGUGUGUUUAUAUCAUUAUUUAUAACUUCAAUUUCAUAUGAUUAUAAUUUAAUUUUAAACAAAAAAUAAACUCAAUUUUUAAAAAGUAUAAUUAAUGCUAUAUUUUAAAUAAAUACAUGAAAAUAUUUUAACAAAGAAUAAAUUUUUAAAAAAUGAAUGUUCAAAAACGAAAAAAAAAUUAUUUUCAUAAUCAUGGAAAUAAUAAAAAAAAACGUAAACAAUUUAAUUUGGAACCAGGUAUGAAAGGUUUUUUAUGCACAUGUAAUUUUUCUGAAAAGGAAUGUGUACGUGAUGCUUAUAAAAUACUUAAUGAAUUUGCUGAUGAGAUUUAUGGAUUAGAUUCUAUAAAGGAUUCUGACAAUGAAAAUAUUAAAGUUUCUGAUAUAAAAAAAGAUGAAACAAAUUAUAACGAUAAUGAAGAUGACAUCUCAGUUGUUUUAAAUAAAGAAAUUAAUGAAUUAAAAGCAGAAUAUUCAAAACCAAUAAAUGCCAGAAGAUUUCAGGUAAUUGACACUGGUGUUAAAAAUAUAGUUUUUAUAAGGAGUUCUUUGACAAAUCCAUUAGAAUUGGUUACUAAAAUUAUCACUGAAUUAUAUAAUACAAAACAGCAACGUACAAGAUAUUUGUUAAGAUUACUUCCAAUUGAAGUUAUUUGUAAAGCAAAUAUGAAUGAUAUCAAAUCAAAAGCAGAUGCAAUGCUUGAAAAAUAUUUUGCACAGGAACCAAAAACAUUUAGUAUUGUAUUUAAUCGUCACAGUAAUAAUAAUAUAUAUAGAGAUGAAAUCAUUGAAGACUUAGCAGAAAUAAUAAACAAAAAGAAUCCUGGAAAUAAAGCAGAUCUAAAAAAUCCAGAACUUGCUGUAAUAGUGGAAAUGGUUCGUGGUGUCUGUCUUAUGUCUGUUGCUCCUAAUUAUUAUAAAUUCAAAAAAUAUAAUUUGUUAGAAAUAUGUAAUACAAAAGAAUCCAUAAAAUAGAAAAAGAAAAAAGAAAGAUAAAAUUUGAAGAAAUAUGUAUUACAAAAGACAAAAAUUUAAUAAGAGAAAUAAAUUAUGGUAAUGAAGAUCCAAAUAAUUAAUAUAAAUUAAAUUAAUAUUGUUUUAUAAAUUUAUUAUUUUAACAAAUACAAAUAAAAUACUAUAUUAUAUUUAUUAAUAAUAUGUAUAAUUUUUAAAAUUUAAUUAAUGUUUUAUAAUUUGUUUUAUGUAAAUUAAAAAAUCAAUAUAUAAAUAUUUAUAAUAUAAUAUAUACAUCUUUGCAAUUAAUAUAUCAAUAAAUAUUUUUAUUCUUGA